AUUAUGUAUUUUACCAUUCUGUUUCGAGAUUUCGUCAUCCGCCCUUUGCCUCAUAGGGGAAAUUUAAUUAAAUUAUUCAGUUAAAUUAUGCCACAGGAUUUUGUUCUUUUGUAAGGCCUCUGUUUUAUUUUGUGCUGCAAUGAGGCGUUUGAUAAUUGUGAUGAGGGCCAGUGUAGUGAAUGUUGUCUCCCGGAUGGAGAAUGACUGUAGGUGAAAGCUGUCUCAGUGUUUGACAGUGAAGGAUUUUGAGUGGAGGAGGUCCCAUAGCAUGGCUCUUCUCAGAGGUGUAUUCAUUGUUGCUGCCAAACGUACCCCUUUUGGUACAUAUGGAGGAGUACUGAAGGAUCACACUGCCACAGAUUUAGCUACACAUGCUGCAAGAGCUGCACUCACUGCUGGAAAGGUUGACUAUGACUUGGUGGACAGCAUCAUUGUUGGAAAUGUAAUGCAGAGCUCUCCAGAUGCUGCUUAUAUUGCAAGACAUGUUGGACUACAAGUUGGAAUUCCAAUCCCAGUACCUGCCUUAACUGUAAACAGACUCUGUGGAUCUGGUUUCCAGUCAAUCGUCUCUGGAGCGCAGGAGAUCUGCCUUAGAGAAUCUGAGAUUGUAUUAUGCGCAGGAUCAGAAAGCAUGAGCCAGGCUCCUUAUGCAGUUCGAAAUGUACGAUUUGGCACAAAGCUUGGGGUUGAUAUCAAGAUGGAAGAUACCUUAUGGGCAGGACUGACUGACCUCCAUAUUAAAACUCCUAUGGGCCUUACAGCAGAAAAUCUUGCUGAGCAAUAUGAAAUAAGCAGGGAGGAAUGUGAUGCAUAUGCAUUGAAGACUCAGGAGAGGUGGAAAAUUGCCCAUGAAGCUGGUUACUUCAAAGAGGAAUUGGCUCCAAUUGAGAUGAAAGUCAAAAAAGGAGUACAGUCUGUAACACAUGAUGAGCACCCUAAACCAAACACCACUGCAGAGCAGAUGGCCAAGUUACCAACUGUGUUCAAGAAAAAUGGCACCGUCACUGCAGGAAAUGCCUCGGGAGUGUGUGAUGGAGCUGCUGCAGUGAUUAUAGCCAGUGAAGAUGCCGUCCAGAAACACAAACUGACCCCACUGGCCAGAAUAGUGGCCCAUCAUGUGUGUGGAUGUGAUCCAAGCAUUAUGGGAAUUGGCCCAGUGCCAGCAAUCAGUGGAGUCCUGAAGAAAGCAGGAUUAUCCUUGAAGGACAUGGAUCUAGUAGAGGUAAAUGAAGCUUUUGCUCCUCAGUUUUUGGCUGUACAGAAGGCUCUGAAGUUGGAUCCCAAAAACACUAACGUGAAUGGAGGGGCCAUAGCUUUAGGACACCCGCUGGGAGCAUCAGGAACCAGGAUAACAGCACAUCUAGUUUAUGAGCUGAGACGCCGUGGUGGUAAAUAUGCAGUAGGUUCGGCCUGCAUCGGCGGUGGGCAAGGAAUCGCCAUCAUCAUUGAGAACAUGAAGUAAAGAAAAAGGGAAACAAACAAUGUUGUGCUACAAGAACUAAACUACAGUAUUUGAUGCUUGUUGCUGGCUUUGUUUUGUGGUAAUCGCUGCAGUAUCUUACACUAAGGCCCUACCCAACUCCUUCCAAAAAUAUAAUCUAAAAAAUUAUUAAGCAUUCCCAUUUUGGGAAAAGGAUUGGCAAUAAUGUAAAUGGAAAGGGAUGGUAACAAUGCCAGGGGUAUGGGCCAGCCAGCAUUUGCUUGUGAGUAUGCAACAAAAAUCAGUGGAAAUUCUGCAGAGUAUCACUGUUCAAGAAUACCAAAGAAAUUCUAAUCAUACAAAAAUUGUGUUGGCUAGAAUUUGAAUUUCUUUUUCUAAUUUUCCUCAGGCCUUUAAUGUUCAGAAAAUCUUCUCCAGCUGAUUUACAUUUGAUUUAGAGCACAGAUGGUUGGACAACAGAAGGCAAGUUUGUAGGAAUCAAUUGAAAUCACUUAUUGUACAUAGCCAAGAGACUAACAGCAUAAGAAAUAAAAGCAAGAGUAGACCAUACAUCUGUGCGGUCUGCUCUGCUUUUCAAUAAAAUUAUGAUUUAUUUUGGCCUUAGUACUGCUUUUCUGCCUGUUCCUUGUACUUCUUGGCUUCUGCUAUAGUUCAAAAAUCUGUCCCUUAGAGUCAUGAAUAAAUUCAUUGAAUUAAAUCAGUCUUACAUAAAUGAUCUCUUAUUCUGAAAGUUUGUCCCCAGUUCUGAAUUCUGCAAUGAAGGGAAACAUUCUCCCAGGAUUUGCUUGAUCAAGCCACAACUUUAAAUGUUUCAAUAAGAUCACCUCUCAUUCUUCUAAACUUGAGUGCUGUACCUUCCCCCAUACCUCAGAAGCCAACCCUUUCAUCCCAGGAAUCCGUCUACUGAAUAUUCUGAACUACUUCCAAUGCCAUCUCUCCUCAAAUAAAAAAUGACCAAAACUGUAUGCAGUGUUCUUGGUGAGUCUCCACUAUAUAGUUGUAUCAAGGUGUCCCUACAUUUGUAUUCCAUUCCCCUUGUAAUAAUGGCUAACAUUCCAUUUGCCUUCUUAAUUAUUUGAUGUAUCUGCCUGCUAAUCCAUGUACCUGCACACCCAGGUGCCUCUGCAUUGUGGCAUUCUGCAGCCUCUCUCCAUUUAAAUAAUACCUUCCUUUUUCUGUUUUCCUACAAAGAUUGAUAACUUUUUCGACAUUAUACUCCAUUUGCCAAAUUUUCUGUCAUUCAGUUAACCAAUCUGUAUCUCUUUGCAAACUUUGUAUCCUCCUCACAACUUGUUUUUCUACAAUCUUUGUACCAUUAGCAAAUCUGGUGACUUGUUCCCUUCAUCCAAGUAACCAAUAUAUAAUAUACACAAUUGAGAUUGCAACACCGUCACACCACUAGACAACACAGUAUGGAGCUGGAGGAACACAGCCUGACCUGCUGUGUUCCUUCAGCUCCAUACUGCGUUGUCUCUGACUCCAGCAUCUGCAAUUUCUUGCUAUCACUGUCACACCACUAGUUAGUUUUCGAACCUUUAAAGUUAUUCAUUUAUGCAGACUCUGUUUUAACUAUUAGUUAGCCAAUUCUUUAUCCAUUGCUUACAUUUUGCCCUCCAAGUCAUGAGUUCUUACUUAAUGUAUUCACCUUUCAUAUCGCACCUUAUUGAGUAUCUUUUGAAAAUUCAAAUAUACAACAUGCAUCUUGCUCAUUGCACCCCCUAAAGAAUUCCACUUUCAUAAAACCAUAUUGACUCUGCUGGAUUGUCCUUUUUUUUUUAAUAUAAAGCUGCUCCCUCCUAAACAAUGGGUUCCAGAAUUUUCCUAAAUACAGGUGUUAGGCUAACUGGUCUACAAUUUCUUAAAUAACCAAGGACACGAGAUUAAAAUGAGGAAGUUAGGACUAAGAAGGGAAUUUGGGGGAACAUUUUGGCUUUUUGAUCAAAAGAUAGUGGAAUAGGCUUCCAGGAAAAGUCAGCAAAAGUGUAAAUUGAUUAGUUUUAUCUGGAAAAAGAAUUGAUUGUUAUAUUAGACUUACCUUCCAAGUACAGCAUUGAACACAGUUGUCAUUGCCUAAUCCUAGAAAAUAUGAUAUGAUCAAUGUUUUCAUUUCCUGUUUCUUUCCCAAACAAAAACUCCUUAAAUGAGCCAAAGUGACUAAAUUAAUUACACUGUGGUAGGCAAUUCUGAGACUUGAGUACAUGAUUAACUGCUUGGGAAUGCCAACACUGUGGUCACUAAACCACUGGGAUUUUUCUUCCAGCAUCAGUAGAUUUAUUGAAAUCUGCUAAUGUAAAAUAGUAUAUUUUAAAUCUCUCAUCUCUAAUCCUCAGAAUAUUUAUUUGCUGUUGGGAAUUUAAUUUUGUUUUCCUUUAAUCUUUGAAAAAUGUUGCAAAACCAAUCCAGGCUACUUAUCUUUUCUUAAAAUUGAUUUUUCCCUAAUUUUUGCUUUCUUAAAGGAGCAAGUUACAUUGGGAUUCUAUUCAUACGUGCUCAAAGCUGUCACUAUAUGUAUUCUUUGGAUAUAAAUCCAAACAGUGAAUGUCAGGCGGUUAUUUCACCACAGAAGGGAAUCACAGUUAAGGCCAAUCUUAUAUUCAUCUGGGCCCAUAGUUUUCUAAUUGUGUAACAUUUGAAAAAGGAAUGAAUCAUUUUUUAAAUCUCCCUGUUAAUUUAUGGGGGAUUUUACAUCAAUGCCUGCAGUCACAAUCUGCAGUCACAAACUUUUCAGCAGAUAGCCCCAGAUGAUGAUCAAGUUAUGUUUUUUCUUGCUUUCGCUCUCGCUCUUGCUCUCUCUUCCCUUCCCUCUGUCUGUCCAGCUCACUCGCGCUUUCUGUCUGGUCUCAUUCUGUUACACAUGUGCAAUGUAGUGGAGCAGAGUAUUUGUAUGCCUGAAACCCCAUGUCAGAGACUGUACAAUUGGGCACUAGGCCUUGUGUAUAGACCGUAUGGGUGAAUCAGUAGAACUGCCACAGACGGAUGUGUUGGCCUGGCAAAACCACAAAGGCUGUUAUUUUUCACCAUAUGUUAUUGGUUUGGGGAAGGCAGAAGCUGUUGUAAAACAUAAGAGCAUAAUGAAUGGAAUUCCUGGGACCACUCUUUGAUUUAGGAUGGGUGGACAUCAAACCCCUUAUCCUUUUAAUGCCUACCUCACUCUUACCUACUGUACACUUUACUCUUUUACUGGAAUUUAUGGCACUCCCCAAAUUGCAGGUGGAUUUGUUAUUUUGGAAUGCCUUGACUUUUUGCCCUGCUACAUCUUUGAAUUGUUAAAGAUUAAAAUUAUGCAACAUUCAUCACCAACAUCACUUCCUCUAUAGUAUAGACCACAAUGUAAAAACGCUAAAGUAUUGAAUGCUGACCUAUUUAGAGAAUGUUAAAUUGGCAAUUGAAAUUUCCUGUAAUUAAGUUCAAACAGCUUAAUUUUUAUGUUGUUUUCAUGUUGCUAUUUCAUUUUCUUCUGGGUGUUGGUAGGUGGCGUAACAUCAUUUGAUUGUGCAAAUCCAUGAAAUGAUUUCUGCAGAUUUUGAAGAAUGUCAGAAAAUUUGCAGGUUUCAUGUUCCAAUACAAAUCUUGCUGCAGCACCUAUAGCCUUGGGCUAUAUUGUAAAUAGUGUUGUAAUAACAGCAACACAAGAGGCAAUUGUCCUUAUUAUCAUAUUUAUAUAUCCACCACUCUGUAAGAUCCUAGAAAGGGGAAACUGUCUGUGACAUUUGAAUAAGAAUAAUCAUUAAUUAUGGUGUAGUGAUGAUUUUGUAAAUGAAUCCCAGCACUUUUUCUGAAAAUCAAAUUUCUAAUGAUAAAGCAAUGACUCAUCCCUUAAUAGCACCGUGUCUCAUGCAGCAGUCUAUAAUUUAACAAAUUUUGCCUACAUACCCCUCUAAUUAGAACACCUCCAUCUCCUUAACUUGUGGCUUCCAAAGCUUAUUCCUGAAAGGAAGUGCUUUCUUUCUUACUGUCUUGUGGAACGUGGAUAUCCUCAGCAUUUAUUGCUUAUCCUGAAUUUCCUUUGAUCAGAGUAGUUUGCUUGACUGUUUUGAGGGCAGUUGAGAGUCAACCAAGUUAUUAUGGAUCUGAAGUCGCAUGCAGGCCAGACCAUGCAAGGAUGGCAAAUUUCCUUCUGUAAAAGACAUUUGUUAGUUGAUGGUAUUUUUAUGACAAUCAAUGAUAGUUUCUUGAUCACCUUAACUGAUACUAGCUUCUAAUUCCAGAUUUUCCACUAGUGAAUUUAAAUUUCAGCACCUGCUAUAGAGGGAUUUUGAUCUUGCAUUACUAGAGCAUUAGCCUAGCCCUCUAGAUUGCUAGCCUUGUGAUAUUUCCACUAUGCCGUCACCUCCCCAGUUUGAACUGGACUUUGUUUCUGCGCAGGAAAUGUACCCUUUUUGUUGUUCCAGCCUAUACAAAUUGAGGACACAGUGGGGCACCUAAAAGUAGUGCUGAUGCUGAUUAAUGCAUUGUGCAAUUUAUUUUUUUUUAGUUUCAAAAUUUAUAAUAUUAAUCAGUUUUUUUUCCCCUUUUACUUGCCAAGGUGUGUUAGAACAUAUUGGCUGGAACUGAGAUUUUUAUAAAAAACAUAAUUGCAUCCAUUCUAGAUCUGUUAUCCAUAUCAUCUCUAAUGUUCAUAAUUCAUAAGCAAACUUAAAAUUGUGCCUUACAUACCAUGAUGUAUUGUUGCUAUAUGAAACAGUGAUAGAAAAUAAAUUACUAAUGAUUUGGUUUUA